CUCGGGCUAAAGAACGAACGACUGGUCCAGGGCGAGGCGAGUUGGGAGCUGGGGCGCCCUAUCCACCAAACAUCAACCACUACCGUAGGCAUAGCAGCAGCGACAGAGCGCAACACCAACGCAACCCCGUUCCGUACCCUGGCGCCGCGCAGCGCCCACGCGUUCCCUGCGCCCGCUCCAGCGGUCCCUCGCUGCGUGUACCGGCGCCGCACCGUGCUUUCCUCCUCUCCCCCAAGCCCAAGGCCGCCGCCUCCGGUGUGGGUAUUGUGCCGCUCCAGCUGUGGCGAUCGACCCGUGCAUGUUUUGGACCUAUCACAUUGCGUAUAUACAAUGCAAGGCAUAUCUGUGUGCGAUUCGGUCGCCGCGCCCCACGGAACAAACUGCAGAUCAGCCUGUGUUGCUAGGAAUGAUCUGAGGUUCUGUUACAAAAUAAAUCCUGCAAGCCGUGGGGCAUACGCGUGGCGCUGGUGUGCGGAAAAGCUGCACAUGGGGACCAACCGUGGAAAAAUAAACACCACAGUAAGGACCAAUGCCAGAUGGUUCUUUGGAGGAGAUGCUCGUAACAGUAACAGUAACAAUAAUGCGGCCGCGAGGCUGGAGCGCAGUGAGUCUGCUAACGAAGACAUCUUGAUCUUCUACUUUCAGCUGGAUGUACAGACUCGGAUACAGUAUGCAUUGAAUAUAGAGCAGUUUGAUGCGGCAAAGCAAUUAAGGGAAAAGCUUGCUGAGAUCGAAACAGAGGUAACUAGGCAGCGUGAAGCUAAAAGAGGUUCAUCGAAGAAUGAAGCUCAGGAUAAAUCUUUAAAUCUCCUACGCGCGCGUGCAGAUUUGCAGAAUGCUAUUGAGAGCGAGAACUAUGCUUUGGCAGCUGAGCUGCGUGACACAAUCUCUAAGCUUGAGGGUGAUUCUCUGGCACUUUCUGCUAAAGCCCUGGCCUACCAAAGUGUGAAAUAUGAGUUUCGACUAGGGCAGAAAGUACGCCACAAAGUACAUGGAUAUAGAGCUGUGAUAUGUGGCAUGGAUCCUGUGUGCUGUGAAUCCAAGUCAUGGAUGGAGACGGCAAAUGUGGAGAAGUUAUCUAAAGGACCAAAUCAACCUUUUUAUCAAGUGCUGGUUGAUGUAUAUGCUGAUCCAGAACUCCUUGUUGCAUAUGUCGCAGAAGAAAAUCUUUCAGAAGCUGAAGAAUCAGAGAAAGGAAGGUUUGAGCACCCCUACACCGAAUUCCUAUUUUAUGGCGAGGACACAGCUCGGGACUUCAUUCCUGUGAAGCAACUCCGUGAGAAGUAUGACCAGCCACGCUAUGAAGCUUCUGGAGAUGAAAAUGACGACGAUGGCACUACAAAUAGCUAAACGGUAGCAGGAUUUUUCUAAGAACAUUCCUUAUUCACCACCACCAAUGAGGAUCAGAGAAGAUAGAGAAUCAAGGUACUAUCUAGCGUAGCUACAGUAGCACUGAGUGGGCAGGUGUAAUUAAGACCGAGUCAUCGCGGAUAUUGCAAGAAAUCACAAAAACCUGCAAUGAGAGGAGCUACAUGCAGUAUCCGACCUUGCAGAUUGGGGAAGCAUUGCGCUGAUAAAAUGUGCAACUUCCUCCUGCGCUUUUGAGUGCAAGUGGUUCUAAAGUCAAUGAAUGUGAAGAAGAUCCUGAUAGAUAUUCAGUGUAUAUUUGGCCGAGUUCUACUGCAGCUCUGUCCCCUCUGAUGGGCAUAUGUACAUAGCAUGAUUACUACUACAUCAUACGUACUUGCAGUUUUGCUGGAGUAUAUGGUAUAUGCAGGGCUUCACGUA